AUGGAACCACUGCAGGAUCCAGUUAUGCAGGAAGAUGGAAAUGUUCAAGCUAUUAAUGAAGAGUACAGGAAAGCCUUUUUUUUUAUCACCAAAGCACUGAAUACAGAUGAACUGGGUCAGAAGGAAGAGGCACGAGGUUACUACAAGCAAGGGCUUGAGCACUUACUCCAAGGAGUGAGCAUUCCUUCACAGGGUCCUGCAUGCGUAGGGCCCCAGUGGGAGUCUGCCAGGCAAAUGCAGCAGAAGAUGAGGGAGACUCUCCAAAACGUUAGUACUCGACUCAGCAUCCUGGAACAGGACACCCCACCUGGACAAGUGGGUCCUGCUGCCAUGGCUGGCCCUGCAGAGGUGCCCAGGUUGUACCCGUCCAUUCCCUCCAAAGAAAAGCCAGACAGACCCCCUGCCCCUCAUUUUCUGUUUGGGCCAAGUCAGCCACAUGCAGCAGUUGGAAGUGGUGCAGCUGUGAGCCCGGGGCAGAUUCCAGCUGUGAGUCCAUCAUCUGCAAAACCUCUUUGUCCACCAAAUGAAGCACCUCCUGCCUAUACUCCUCAGGCUACCAAUGGCCACUUCACUGUGUCCUAUGGCACAGACUCUGGGGAGUUUUCUUCUGUAGGUGAGGACUACUACAAUAAGUGUACUCAGCCACCUCCCCUCCAGAACCUGGGAGUGGAUGCAGACGAGCUGAUCUUGAUUCCCCAAGGAGUACAGAUAUUCUUUGUGACUCCUGAUGGGCAGGUCAGUGCUCCUUCCUAUCCUGGGUAUCUGCGCAUCGUGAAGUUCUUGGACACGGACAGUGACGUGGCUCGGGACCGUCCUCCUGCAUUUCUUCAGGUUUGUGACUGGUUGUACCCUCUAAUGUGUAACCAGUCUCCUGUUCUGUGCUGCAAUACUGGAGUCUACAUGUUCCCUGACACAAUGUCCCAGGUACCAGGGUCCUAUGUGGGAGUAGUGCUGUCUUCAGAACUUCCAGCAGCUGACAGAGAGCUGUUUGAGGAUCUCUUAAAACAGAUGUCUGACCUUCGAAUACAGGUGCCAGGAUCCCUUGAGAGGGUAGGGUUAUCUUCACAGCUCCCAGCAACUGAGAGAGUGCAUUUUGAAGAUAAAUUUAAACAGAUGUCUGGCCACAAAGUCCAGCCUUCAGAAGCCUCUAGUGAUGCAGUUAACUUGCCUCAGACUGUACAUAUCCAGCCACAACCUGAAGGAGCAGAAAAUCGGAAGGAGCUGCCAGAAUGGAGUGAGAAAGUUGCCCAUGGAAUCUUGUCAGGUGCCUCUUGGGUAAGCUGGGGCUUAAUAAAAGGAGCAGAGUAUACUGGUAAAGCUAUCCACAAAGGAGCUUCUAAACUGCGAGAGCACAUUCAGCCGGAAGAAAAACCUCUCGAAGUCAACCCAGCUGUAGCAAAGGGACUUCACGUAGCAAAACAGGCUACUGGAGGAGCUGUGAAAGUCAGCCAGUUCCUAGUUGAGGGAGUGUGUUCUAUCGCAAGCUGUGUCGGGAAGGAGCUGGCUCCACAUGUUAAGAAGCAUGGCAGCAAAUUAGUUCCAGAAUCCCUCAAGAAAGAUAAAGAUGGCAAAUCUACUUUUGAUGGUGCUUUGGUGGUAGCAGCAAGUGGAGUUCAAGGGUUUUCAACAGUGUGGCAAGGUUUAGAAAGUGCAGCAAAGUGCAUUGCUAAAAGUGUUUCAACUGAGACUGUAAAAACUGUCAAAUACAAGUACGGCGAGGAGGCUGGAGACGCCACAGACAACGCCAUGAAUUCUGCAAUCAACGUUGGUGUGGCAGCACUUAACAUUGACAAUAUUGGCAUCAAAGCUGUUGUGAAGAGAACUGCAAAGGAAACUGGCCAUGCUGUGUUAGAUGAAUAUAAAGUACUGGAUACUGAGAAGAAGGAUAAAAAAUAAAAGCAAUGAAAUAUUUCUCAAAGCCUUACCUUAGAGAUGAAACUUACUAUUUAGAAGCAAGUACAUUGCUAAUCUGUGAUUUAACACAGCUCACACUCUACUUUUCAAGCAACUGUGACUUAAUUUGACAUGAAAAUGUAAAAGUAGGGAGGACAUUCAUAGAAGGAAAAAUGCAAGUUGGUUUAACGCCUUGUUGUGUAUUG